ACACACUUCUAGGACUAACUAAAGUGUUUGGUCUGCUUCCACCGUAAGUCGUGUGUUAUCAAGUAUUUCAGCGCUGUUUAGAUUUUAUAACACACUGAGCCAGACCACGUAACCCAACACUCGUGCUAAACAUUAACAAUGGGGAAAGUUGAUAUCAAAUAUACUAAGUUGUUCAUCAACAACGAGUGGGUGGACGCAGUCAGCAAGAAGACAUUUCCAACUAUAAACCCCCAAGAUGAAACAGUCAUAGCCAAAGUUGCUGAAGGUGACAAGGCGGACAUCAACAAAGCUGUCGAAGCCGCAGUAAAAGCCUUCCACCGUUAUUCAGACUGGCGAUCACUAGAUGCCUCCCAGAGAGGCAGGCUUCUCCUCAAAUUGGCAGACCUCAUGGAAAGGGAUGCCAAAUAUCUUGGUGAACUAGAGACCUUGGACAACGGCAAACCAGUCGCCCAGGCGACAGGUGAAGCAACGUGGUCUGCUCAAAUUAUCAGAUAUUACGCCGGAAAAGCUGACAAAAUCCUGGGAAACACUAUUCCAGCUGACGGUGAGGUGCUUACAAUGACGCUGAAGGAGCCAGUAGGCGUCUGUGGACAGAUUUUACCUUGGAACUAUCCAAUCCCUAUGUUCGUGUGGAAGAUAGCUCCUGCUCUUGCAGCUGGUUGCACAUUGGUCAUCAAGCCCGCGGAACAAACUCCGCUAACGGCUCUCGCAAUGGCAGCUUUGAUAAAGGAGGCAGGUUUUCCAGCUGGCGUUGUCAACGUAGUACCUGGUUAUGGACCAACAGCCGGUGCCGCACUCACAAGUCACCCAAAAGUUGACAAAAUUGCCUUCACUGGAUCAACUGAGGUUGGGCGCAUCAUCAUGAAAGGCGCUUCGGAUGUAAAUCUUAAACGUGUUACUCUUGAGCUUGGCGGCAAGAGUCCAUUAGUCGUUUUCAAUGAUGCUGACGUUGAGCAAGCGGCUGAUAUCGCUCACCGUGCUUGCUUUGCCAAUGCCGGUCAGUGCUGUGCUGCUGGCACUAGGACAUUCGUUCAGUCCGGCAUCUACGACAGAUUCGUUGCAAAGGCUGCUGAAAUUGCUAAGAAGCGGACUGUCGGCAAUCCGUGGGAAAAUGUACAACAAGGACCACAGAUCGAUGCAGAGAUGUUCAACAAGGUGAUGGGCUACAUCAACGCAGGGAAGAAGGAGGGUGCGAAAUGUAUCGCCGGAGGUGACCGACUGGGCACCAAAGGAUUCUUCAUCCAGCCAACGGUGUUCGCUGACGUCAAGGACAAUAUGAAAAUUGCAAGAGAAGAAAUCUUUGGACCAGUACAAAGUAUCCUCAAAUUCGAGACGUUCGAUGAAGUGAUUGACCGCGCCAAUGACUCCAACUACGGGUUAGCUGCUGGCGUAAUCACUAAGGAUAUCGCAACUGCUUUGGCUUUCAUGAAACAUAUUCGUGCUGGUUCUGUCUGGGUAAACACUUACGAGAUCGUAACACCGCAGACUCCAUUUGGAGGAUUCAGAGAAUCAGGCAUCGGCCGGGAAAUGGGUGAAGAUGGCAUUCUACAGUAUUUGGAGAAUAAAACUGUUUCGUUGAGCCUGCCCAAGAAGCCACGGUUGUAAAGAAUAUAAAAAGAAAAAACCAUUGUAAUAAAUUGCAACAAAUGCAUAGAUUUUUAAUGUGUUUAUUGUAUUGUUAAAUAUAUAUU